AUGGCGACGAUAUUCAUGGAUCCGUCCAUCCAGCGGUUGUUGAACGAUAAGCUUUACGAUAAGAGAAAACAGGGUGCUUUGGAACUUGAGAAAACUAUUAGAGAGUCUAUAGCAAGGGGUGACCACACCAAAAUCAAAGGCAUAAUCGACCAGCUAUGCCAUGAAUACGCCUACGCCGUGCACCAGCCCCAUGCCAGAAACGGAGGCCUGAUAGGCCUGGCUGCUGCGGCGAUUGCUCUGGGCUCGGAUGAGGUUGCACCCUUUCUGAAGGAGAUUGUACCUCCAGUACUGGCUUGCUUUACCGGACAAGAUGCUCGAGUUAGAUAUUAUGCCUGUGAGAGCAUGUAUAAUAUUGCGAAGGUGGCCAAAGGGGAAAUACUGCUCUACUUCAACGAUAUCUUCGAUGCUCUGUGCAAGCUAGCAUCAGAUUCAGAACUGUCGGUAAAGAACGGUGCAGAGCUCCUCGAUCGGCUAAUAAAAGACAUCGUCGCCGAAUCCGCAGCUUCUUAUGUUUCCGCACUAGAAGUUUCACGCCCGGAUAUAUCAGACCAAGAGGACGGGAAGGAUAUAGACGAGCUCGAAAAUAUUCCCACGGCAUUUUCACUGGCAAGGUUUAUCCCUCUGCUCCAAGAUCGAAUCUAUGUCCAAAAUCCCUUUGCUCGGAGUUUCCUGGUCUCAUGGCUUACCUUGCUGGAUACAAUACCCGACCUUGAGCUCGUUACCUACCUACCGGCAUUUUUAGGGGGUCUAUUUAAAUUUCUCAGUGAUACAAAUCGUGACGUGCACACAGCUACCCAAGGGCUCUUGGAAAGAUUCCUUAAUGAGAUAAAACGGAUAGCGAGAGUUAAGAAGGGCAUUGCAGAAAGUCGGCGAGAGCAUGAGAGCGGACAGUCCAAAGUCUCUGCCAGUGAUAGCAAGAGUGUAGACUCUGACCUGAGCAUUGCAAAUGCAGUGAGUGACAAUGCUAUUGCGGACUCUGAAUCUGCCACUGCAAACGAGGAACAUCUUAGCAACCCAUAUGGAGACUGGGUGCCCGGCCAGGAUGUCCACGUUGACCACUCCAAAAUACUGGAGAUUCUGGUCAAUUUUGUUGAUACUAAUUCCGAGGAUGAAAUCCAGUUAACAGCACUCCGCUGGAUUGAUAGCUUCUUCGAAAUAAGUCCAGCAGACAUAUUGCAAUUUGUUCCACGACUCCUGUCACAAGUUCUUCCGACUUUAUCGAGCGGCUCAGAUGAAGUUCGACAGGCUGCCAAUCGUGUCAAUACAUCUCUUAUGCAGUACAUCGUCUCUCUCACAGAUGAAUCACAACAAACUGAAGCAUCGCGGGCAUCUCCUCCUCAGGCAACUGUCCAUAUCAGUAGUAAGGAAGGGGAGGAGCGCAGAACACCUACUCCUAUCACAAGACAGGCGUCGAUAGCGUCUAGCGAAGCUCGCAAAUCAUCGCGACCCGAAUCUAGGACUGAGCCAGCCCCCGCAGUAGUAGCUUCCCAGUCUUCGGAGCAAACAUCAGAUCUAGACUAUGCAGCCGCAGUUAAUGCUUUGACCCUCCAAUUUCUGAAUGAAAAUGAAGCUACUAGAGUUGCAGCACUAGCAUGGCUUAUUAUGCUCCACCGCAAAGCGCCGCGUAAAGUCCUUGCUUUCCAUGAUGGAACAUUUCCUGCACUUCUUAAAACUCUCUCUGAUCCGGCAGAAGCUGUUGUCACUCGAGACUUGCAGCUUCUAUCCCAGAUAUCCCGAAAUAGUGAAGAUAGUUAUUUCGCAUCAUUUAUGGUGGACCUACUCCAACUAUUCUCGACGGACAGAAAGCUCCUUGAAGGUCGUGGUAAUCUCAUCAUCCGGCAACUUUGCAUGAAUCUCAGCCCAGAACGAAUCUACCGAACAUUGGCAGACUGUCUCGAAAAGGAAGAGGAUAUCGAAUUCGCCAGUAUCAUGAUACAGAAUCUCAACAACAACCUCAUAACUGCUCCAGAACUUGCUGAUCUCAGGAAGCGGCUAAGAAAUCUAGAAUCCAAAGAUGGUCAAAUGUUCUUUGUUGCCUUAUUUAGGUCCUGGUGCCACAAUUCCGUAGCAACGUUCUCCUUAUGCUUACUAGCUCAAGCCUAUGAACAGGCGUACAAUCUCCUGCAAAUAUUUGCUGAGUUAGAAAUGACCGUUAAUAUGUUGAUUCAGAUUGACAAAUUGGUCCAGCUACUUGAAUCGCCAGUGUUCACCUAUCUUCGCCUACAGCUCCUCGAGCCUGAUAAAUAUCCAUAUUUAUAUAAAUGCCUCUAUGGUCUUCUUAUGCUGCUCCCACAGAGCUCGGCAUUUGCAGCUUUGAAAAAUCGGCUCAAUAGCGUCAGUAAUAUCGGAUUAUUACAAGCACUAGCCGGGUCAUCAAGCACUGGGCCAUAUGAACGAUCCGGACGACUUAAAGCUCGGGAGGAGAGCGUGAUUCGGUGGGUAGACCUGCUUGAAAAAUUUAAGAGCGUCCAGGAACGAUCAAGAAGAUCUCGCCGUAGGUCUCAGAGGGAUCUUGAAUUGGAAAGAAACGGGAUAUCUGCUUCGGCUAUGGCCACGGCAUCCCUCCCACUGUAUGAAUCUAAUGGUGGCGGUAUUGACAGGCCACUCGCCGAUAUUCCAUCCGGUGGUCUCGGGGUCGGUGGCUCUGUCCGACGUCAAGGAGCUCAGGGGAAUGACUCUCUUACGGCCCAGAAGGGCGGAUCUACGGUGAAAUCGAAGACACCUCUUGGGACAUUCGGUCGGUUAAGCGGAAUUGGGCAAAGGAAGUCAAAGAAAUGA